AUGAAGCUCAUCAUACUCACUACUCUGCUAAGCCUUUCUAUGGCCUCUCCAAGUCCACCUCCAGUAGGAAGUCCGCCAAAGAGUCCAGCCAGUCCAAAGAAAUCUCCAACCGAGAAAAAAGGGGUUACCAUCGUGAACAAGAUCGUUCCUCCCAAAGAGACUGACAAAGAGAUUAAAGGCCCUAAGCUGAUAACUAGUUCUAGCGAUCCCAGGUUACCAGUUACAAGCAUUACAAGUGUGGAUGGGCCAGAGAAAUCUCCGGUAAGAAAGAGCCGUAGUCCAAGUCCAAAACCAAAAACUCCAACAAGUGUGAAAUCAAAGUCUCGAAGCCCAAGUCCUAAAACAUCAAGAUCCAAAAGCCCAAGCCCAAGCAGAUCCCGCAAGGGUUCCAAGGAAGAGGAAGAAGACAAGAAAAAGAAAGAGGAUAGAUCUAGAAGCCCGAGUCCAAAAAUAAAAUCUCGCAAAGGUUCCCAAGAUCAGAGCCUUGAGCAGAAGGAAAAAACCUUAAAAGAAAAGGAGCCAGAGGAAAUACCUCCAAAAACUCCUCCACCAGCAAUUCCAUCACAUAAAGGACUAGAAGAUGAUCCAGGUUCCCAAGAAGAAGAUGAACUUAGAAAUAAAAAGGUCGAUCAAGAGAAACUAGGGCCAGGUAAACCUAAAGAGGUUAAAACUCUAGAAACAAAGGAGCAGGAGUUUAAAGAGAAAAGGGAAAGAGAUAGGGCUAAAUUAGAACAAAAGAUUACUCUAGAAAAGGCAAAGCCCAUAAAGGACAGGAAGGAAGACUAUGACGCCAGUAAAGACGGCAAAUUUGACGAGUGGCUUGCCAAGUCCAAGGCUGUUGAAGUGGGUGCCAGAAAGUUGUAUGAAGAAGCCAAGGCAAAGGUAGAUGCCAUAACUGUACCAGAGUCCAAACAAAAGUUCGAAAAGAUACUCAAGAAGAUUCUUAAAAAGGUUGAGGAAAUCACCAAUGACAUUAAGGAACUUGAAAAGACUAAAAAGAAGAAUACAUCCGAAGCGAUUGAAAAGGCACUUGGACACUUUUUAGGCCACUUCCAAACUCGUGCCAUGGUAAAGUCCGACGUUAGUGAACUCAUCCUUGACAUUGCAAAGGAACAAGAGGAUGGUGACGCAGUCCUCAAGAUCCUGGAACAGUUUCUAGUAGCCCUUGAAAGGUCUCCACUGGCUUAG